CUGCGGGGCCGGACCGCCCCGGCGGGAGCGCGCAGCACCGGGCGCACCCGGCUGGCUGGAUCCGCUGCUGGGAAGGACCGGUUGGGAGGCUGGGGAUUUGGGCCCCGGGGCCGGAACCGGGGCGUGGCGGGGCCGGGGCGGGGCCGGCGGCAGCUGCGCGCGCGCCGCGGAGGCUGCGGGCCCUUGCCUCCUUGACCUUACUCUCCCGCAGUCACCGCCGGGCCUGGCGCGGGCUGGGCGGGGGACCAUGGGCGCCUCGGCCUCCCGAGGCCGGCCAGCCCGGGUCCCCGCGCCGGAGCCCGAACCCGAGGAGGCGCUGGACCUGAGCCAACUGCCACCGGAGCUGCUCCUGGUGGUGCUGAGCCAUGUGCCUCCGCGCACGCUGCUGGGGUGCUGCCGCCGAGUGUGCCGGGGCUGGCGCGCCCUGGUGGACGGCCAGGCCCUGUGGCUGCUCAUCCUGGCCCGGGACCACGGCUCCCUGCUGCCGCUCGCCCGCAGCUGCCUGCCCCCUACCCGCGACGGCAGCCCCUGCCUCCUGGGCCGCUUCUGCGAGCGCCGCCCGAUCGGACGCAACCUCAUCCGCAACCCCUGCGGCCAGGAAGGCCUCCGGAAAUGGAUGGUGCAGCACGGUGGGGACGGCUGGGUGGUGGAGGUCAACAGGUCUACGGUGCCCGGCGCCCCCUCGCAGACCUGCUUCGUGUCUUCCUUCAGCUGGUGUCGCAAAAAGCAGGUGUUGGACCUGGAGGAGGAGGGUUUGUGGCCAGAGCUGCUAGAUAGUGGCAAGAUUGAGAUUUGUGUCUCUGAUUGGUGGGGAGCCCGACACGACAGUGGCUGUAUGUACCGACUCCUUGUCCAACUUCUAGAUGCCAACCAGACUGUGCUGGAUAAAUUCUCCGCUAUGCCCGUUCCCAUCCAACAGUGGAACAACAAUGUCUGCUUUCAGGUCACCCACGUGUUCUCCAACAUCAAGAUGGGUGUCCGCUUUGUGUCUUUCGAACACUGGGGCCAGGACACACAGUUCUGGGCUGGUCACUAUGGAGCCCGUGUGACCAACUCCAGUGUGGUCGUCCGGGCCCAGCUGUCUUAGUGGAGGGCUGUCCUUGCACAACAACCUGAGUGGUGCUUUCCAGAACUGGGAACCAUUGGCCAGGACUUCUCAUUAACCAAGGACGUGUACCUCCCUGGCAUCCUGGGUACUCCUGGAGGGUUCUGCCAGGACCCCUCUUGAGGUUCUAGAAAUUACUAGAAGGAAGUUCUUUCUUCAGAGCUUCCUGCUGCUGUUACAGGGCAGUCCUCUACCCGGAGGCCCUCUGAUUCAGCCCCAGUCUCCUCUGCCCUGUCUCCUCUCCUUUCUGCUGUCAGGGGGCUUUAUCUGACCCUUCAGAGAAGGCCACUGAUCUCAAGUAGACUCUCAUCCUUAACGGCUGGGAAAAUUCCAGCCACCUUGGGUGGCGAACUUAACCUCCCUCAGCUUCAAGGCUGGGACCAGGUCUCGCAGCUGAAAGUCAGCCAGCUCAAGAAACGUGUGGAGAUCCUCAAGGACCCCUGUGAUUGUAUGUUGUAUAAUACUAUAUUUUAUUUUGAAAUUUUCUGCAAACAUCAAGAGAAUAAUAUAUCCACAACAGCUAUGUGCCGAUCGUACGUAAUAAAUUUAUUAUUUUGCCAAAA